AUCAAGAAACUUCACACUACAGCAUCUACCAUCAUCAUCCCGUCGCCGUCAUCGUCAUCAUCAUCGUCAUAUUUUCCGGCUGUUCUUUUAGUUAGAAACUAUGGCCGCUCCUAAACCUAUCCUACAGAAUGUCGUAUCAACCAUCAAAUUAGAUUGCAAGUUAGACCUUAAACGUAUAGCCCUUUCAUCUCGCAAUUCUGAGUACAAUCCGAAACGCUUCUCGGCUGUGAUUAUGCGUAUCAGAGAGCCGAAAACCACCGCAUUGAUCUUUUCAAACGGGAAGUUGAUCUGCACCGGUGCGAAGACUAUAGCAGACUCUAAACUAGCUGCAAGAAAAUACGCAAGAAUUAUACGGAAGUUAGGGUUUCCUACCAAGUUUCAAGAUUUCAAGAUUCAGAACAUAGUUGCAUCCUGUGACACCAAAAGUUCUAUUUCUCUUGAGAGAUUUGCGUUCAGCGAGCACGCUCGUUACGCGAGGUACGAUCCUGAGUCCUUUCCGGGCAUGAUUUAUCGAUUUAAGGGAUCGAAUAUUGUUAUUCUGAUAUUCGUAUCGGGAAAGAUAGUUAUUGCCGGUGCCAAGAAGGAAGAAGAUGCCUAUGCUGCGUUUGAUAACCUUUAUCCUGUUCUUACUGAGUAUAUGAAGAAGUAAUCACAGUACUAGAGAAGGGUUUUUGUAUAUUCUAGAAUUGAUCAUUUAACUAUGAAUAAUGCU